AUGGGGAAGGGGAGGGAGAGGCAUUUAAGCCGUACUUUUGGUUUCUUUGACACUUUGGGCCUAAAAGGGCCCAAACCUGUGGUCAUAUUCGGUAAUCUAUUAGACCUGUUAUUUGUGUCAAAGCCUGACCUCGAAGUGCAGCGAACAAAACAAUUUGGCAAAAUCUAUGGAAUAUUUGAGGGUAGCAAACCUUUAGUGCAAGUGUCGGAACCCGAUAUCAUCAAACAGAUCCUGGUGAAAGAUUUUCGUGUGUUUAACACCAAACCGCGCAUCACAAACGUGGGCCACCCCGUCAUCGAGAGUAUGCUCAUUACAACGCGUGGCGACACCUGGCGGAGGGCGCGAACAGCCGUCAGCCAUGGGUUCACCGUAGCGCGCAUGCGCAAACAGUACGUGCCUGUGCGUCAGUGCGUAAGCGAAUACCUGUUGCCCGUGUUGUACACUCACGCGGACUCACGCGCGCCGUGUGACCUGAAACGGGUGUACAGUUGUUUUGCGUUGUCGUGCAUAACGCGGUGCGCGUUCGGCGUUCCAACCGAUCCCUAUAACAAACCCCAACACCCGUUUGUGGCCAACGCGUGGCCAGUGUUUCGCCUCCCGGUGUGGAAAUUGUUUGCCCUACAAGUGCUGCCGCCCUAUGCGUUGCGCUUAUUUAAUAUCAGCUCGUUUUUUGACGAGACGUGUAUCGCGAAUAUUGCGCGUACUAUACGUCAGAUUAUACGCGCGAAAGCGAGUGUCGGCGAUAAUGGCGUCGAUUUUAUUAGCGCUGUUAUGCACUCGAAGCCCGAUGUUUAUGAUGAUCAAGAUGAGAACAGUCUAGUGAUGGCGGCCAAGACUGACGGCGCAAACGUUGUGAAAAAGCCGCUGACAGAAGACGAGAUGGUCGCCCAGGGGUUCAAUCUAUACACCGCUGGGUUCGACCAAAUGGCGAAUCUAUUAGCGUUUGUAUCGUACGAAUUGGCGCUCAAA